CAGGACAUUGUGAAACAGCAAUAGGGAUGGAGCCAGAAGCUGAAGACCUAGACACAAAUGAUAACUUGGUCCCUUGGUCUGGUUCAGAUGGUUCCCAGGAACUUUGUGCCUCUGAGUCUUACUAUGAAGAUGAUGCCAGUGAUGCAGAGUACCCUUUAGACCCCCAACCUGCUCAUAUCCAGAAGUCUGACCUUGAGUCCCCAGAAUGCCUCCAAUCACAAGACUGGGAAUCUGCAGGUGAGCAACAGUUCCUGCCUGAACUUAGUGGAAGUGAAGAGGAUGUUUCAUACCAAGAAGAGGAUGACAUCUACUAUAGUGAAUCAAGAGAGUCCAUUCCAGAGUCUCCUCACAUCCAGACCUCACCAACAUCACUGUCUCCACACCCAGAGCAUGCUGACUCUGAGCCUCACGCGGGCCAGAUAUCCCGGCCGCAUUCCAGGUCCUCUUCCUCCUCUCUAGGCUGUGCUGCUGAUAUGACCCUGGCCUUGACCCUGACCACAGAACAGCCCCUGGGAGCCAAUAAUAGGCAGGACUCAGGGACUGGGAACAGGAGGAUUGAAUCCUCAGAGGAAGGAGGGAGUAGUGAAGCACCUCCUGCUUCUCUCUUCUUUGGAAUUUCAAGCGAGGCUGCUGAGCAGGCAGAGAAGUGGAACUCAGAGUCUGACACAGAUCUGUGCAGACCAGACAGCCACGAAGCAAGGUACACACGACUUGUUCGCAACGAGAGCCAAUCAGAAAAACAGGUCAAGGAGACCAAGUCUAAAUGUAAGAGAAUUGCUCGGCUUCUAACCGAUGCACCCAACCCUCAAAAUAAGGGAGCCUUGCUGUUUAAAAAACGACGCCAGAGGGUCGAGAAGUAUACACUUGUAAGUUACGGGACUGGUGAGAAUAAGUUUGACAGCGAAGACCAAAUAGAAGAGGGAUCUGAAGAAGUCCGAUCCUCUGGGUACAACUUUGUUGCAACAAGUGAAUCUGAGUUUGAGGAGGAGUACUCUGUUUAUCACCAGCAGCAGAAUUUAAAUCUGAAUUGGGGAAGUGUUCGAGAAAUGGAAGCAUUACCAGAAACAAAAGGGAAGGGUGUUAUGAUGUUUGCCCAACGCCGCAAACGGAUGGAUGAAAUUGUGUCAGAGCAUGAAGAAAUGAGGAGUAAAGGAUUACCUGUGGAGGCAUUAACAGAACCUGAGUGUACAGAAAAACAGAAUGUUUAUGACACUGAGGACAUGUACAUACAUACUGAUCAGGCCAACUACAUGGAUGCAAAUCUCAAGCAGCAUGUAGAAUACCAAGAAAAUAUUCAACAGAUGAACAACCUAUCCAAUGUGCCAAAACCCUUGGUGCCAAACAGAACUGCAAAGCCUUUCCUAGGAUUUCAAGUGAGCACAACUGCUCCUGUCAUGCCUGGUGGCGUUGUUCCAGUGACAAAGAAGCAUGAACCGAGAUUCAGAGUACCUGUGCCUAUUAACACUAACCCACAGGUUUGGUCCCCAACUGGAGACAUCAUAGCCUCAAGAGAUGAGCGAAUAUCUGUGCCAGCAAUCAAGACCGGCAUCCUACCAGAGUCAAAACGGAAAACCACUAAUAAACAGGCAUCAGUGCUGGCACGAGGAUCAGAUCUUCACCCUCAAAACAAAGUGGAAAGGAGGUCUUAUGUUGAGUCAGAGGAAGACUGUUUUAGUCUAGGUGCUGAAGCUUGUAACUUCAUGCAACCCAGAUCAAUAAAACUCAAGAAUCCCCCUCCAGUUGCCCCAAAACCUACCAUCAACCCAACCUGUCCACCUUGGAUGAGGAGGAGUCCCUCUGGUGAGCCCUGUAUUCCACCAAGAAGUCCGGUAUCACAUCCUUCUCACAGUUCUGGAGGGCCUUAUACUCAGAAUUACUUACAGCAGCAAGAUUGGGCUCAGCCUCAACAGAUGGCCAACCAUUGGGCACCAGAUCAAAGUCAGGCAACACUUCAAACACCUGCCAGUGCUUGGGCUCCGGUCAACUCCUCUUCUCAGCUUCAUCUUCAGCCAACCACAAAUAGCUGGAGUCACCAGCUGCCACGAUCCCCUGUGAGUAUGCAUGCCUGCAGUCCUACUUACAGCCCAUAUCACCCACCUUCACCCUCAAGAAAUAAGUCAGACAGUGCUCCGCACUCAGUUGCCUCUUGCCCACCACAAGCAGGGAAAUCAUUCGUCCAUGCAUCAAAAGCAGCACAGGCUUCUCCAAAGGGUCGAGUCUCAGACAAAGGUAUCAAUCGAGCUGGUGAUGGUCCAACUAUGGCGGGAAAAGGAGCAGAGUUGUUUGCCAAAAGACAGUCCCGUAUGGAGAAGUUUGUUGUUGACGCUGAAACAGUGCAAGCUAACAAAACAAGAUCCCCCUCUCCAACCUCCUCCCUCCCUAACUACUGGAGGUAUUCUUCCAAUGUUCGUGCCCCACCCCCUUUAUCAUACAAUCCCAUUCUUGCUCCUUUCUACCCUCCAUCAGCAGCCAAGCAACUCCCCUCCACAAGCCCCAAAAUCAAGCCUAAAGCCAAAGAGAAACCUAAAACGCCCAAAAAGCACCUUAACACCUUAGAUAUUAUGAAACAUCAGCCUUAUCAGUUGGACUCGUCACUGUUCAAGUAUGAUGCAGUCCCUGAGGCCAAAAGCCCCAGCCCCAAACCAACUCCAGCAUCAAAGUUUGAGGUUAUCAAAAGCCUUAAACAUAGAUCUGCCUCUUCUCAUUCUCCUUAUAAUGCCCCUGAGCUUGCUGUUCAAAGCAAGGCAGAAGUCCCUACUAAGUCUCCUGUAUCGGGUUUUGGUAGAAGCCGCUCCCUGAGCCUGCCAAGGCAACUGAAUUCUGUGCCUUCCCCCGGACUUCUGUCACCUGUGAGCACUCCUGGAAUGCAGUCGUCAUUUUUACCUGCACAGAGGCAAACAUCCUUACAAGAAAAAGUCUACAAGCCACUUUCUCCGUGGGAGGCGGCAUCCAGAAGCCCCAUUGGUUCAGUGGAUCAAGCCUUUGUGUUUCAGAGCCUCCCGUCAUCUAUUGCUGCUAAUGUCAAAGCUGCAGGGCAACGCAGAUCUCUGCCAGAGCCUCCAGAUGAAUGGAAGCGCAGGGUGUCUCUUGAUCCUGCAGCUGUCAGUAAGGGUCAUUAUCAUGCGGCCCCAGCUUUUCAGGCACCUUCCAUGAGCAGGACAUUUUCACCUGAGAAACCAGCCUUCUAUGGGCCUCCCUUCAGACCUGCCCAGCCCGUAAGGCCUGCCAGUAGGGCCAGCACUGGAUACAUGGGACAAGGCUCCAGUCCAACAAGCUACUAUCCCUUCUGUGGCGCAGUCCAGAGAAGUUAAUACCGCUGAGAUGAGGUCAGACAUAUAUCAGAAAAUUAGAAAUUUACUUCUACGUAUGGUGUAGAAGAUCAUGCAAAGUAUAUUGAAUGUGAAAGUCCAAAAAGUAAAUUUGGCCCAAAGACACGAAAUAUGUUCACUCAGUUGUGAUGAAAAAUGAGGUUGUUGUUGACAUUAUUAUGUUUGUUUUAAAGUGUUGAUGGGUCUCGCACCAGAAGAGUCACUAUCUUCAUGGUAGGAGCAGUCACUUGGUUUGAAGGGCACAACGAUUUACUGUAGCUACUAUGCUGUGUUGCUGAUGAGAUAUCACCCUGCUAAGCAUUGAUGGGAGAGUUUUUUGCAAACUGAUUUAGGACAGAAGUGGACAAGAAAAUUGUUAAGUGUUAGCAAAGUGUUAUGAGAGGUAAACUGAACGUAUAGUUAAUGAAAGAAAUGUUUGGUAGAUUGCUUUGUUGUGCAAUGUGUUUGAUGGAGCGGUGUUUCUCACUGAAAAUGCUGGUAAUGUUGACACUGUUGGUUAUGAAUUUUUGGUGAGAAAUCUUAUGUGUGUCUUUUCAGUCAUGUAGAUUUGAAACUCACUGUGGCUUUGUGAUCACAUUUCCAGGUUGAUGUUAUGCAAAUUCUUUCACAUCUGAAUAUUUCAAACAGCAAUUACAGAUGUCACUCAAAUUGUUUUAAUCUGUGUCUUUUCUCUCACUACUAUUGCAGUGGCGAUGGGAAGUAUAUUAAAAGAGAACAUUUCUAUUAAUCUUUAGCACUUUCUAGUAACUGGCAAUUGCAUACAUAUUGUCUCUAUGUGCUCUAAGGAAGCUACAGUGCAUUUUUAGGAAAGCAGCAAACUUACACCUUAACAUUGACCUAAAUCAAGAGAUUACAAAAUGGAUAUAAGCUAUUUUUGCAAUUAUUACGUAUAUUUUUAAGUCAAGAGCAAUACAUGCAUGCAUACAUUCAUAAGUAUCCCACCUUUGAUCGUGCACUGUGUGGUGUUGAAGAGUACACAGAACCACAUAUUCUGCCAUUUAGUGUCAGGAUUUCAAAAUGAUUGAUAAAGCCAUGUUUUCUUGCCUAUAAAGCUAAAUUUGUUGGGCUUUUACCCUGUGUUUGAUAAUUGAAAUGUUAUUUCUUGCACCUUUUAAACACAAACUGAAAAAUUAAAAGAC